CCACGGAACGUUGCGGUGAGAUGCAUGAUAGAAGACGAUGUCAUGGCUUACCAGGCAGAUCCUUCACUGCUAGAAAACCCUAUUAGGGUUUGUCAUGUUCGCGCACUGCUGGGACAUUUAUUACCAUUUCCCCGUGAUGCAGUUGCGAAUGCGCCAAGCUGCCGUUUCAAGGUGGCCCUGCCUCGAGACAAGCCAUGUUGUUGUCGUAGAUUUAUGAGAAUCAGCUGGCAAUGGCUAAAGGCCGAAAUCAGCAUACACUUGUGUUCCGGAAUUCUUUGGGUCCACUUUGUGUUCUCCAAGGAACGCGAGUUCCUUAAGGAACCGGAUAGAUCC